AUGGUCGGCGAAAUUCUGUUAGAUUCCUUUCGCGUUGUGAAACGCAUUGCAGCCGGAGGCUUUGGUAUUGUUGACGAAGGGGUCAACGAAAACCAGGAGAGAUUCGCUAUAAAGCGUGAACUUGCCUCCCAUAAAGUAUCCAGGCCAAUUCUGGAGCACGAAUAUCAUAUCUUGAAGCAUCUUGCAGGCCAUCGUUGUAUACCUGAUAUCAAAACUUACGGUAGACAGGGAAACUUCAAUAUCCUUGUUAUGGAACUUUUGGGACACAACUUACGCGAUCGGUUUCGAGAUUGCGCGAAUCAUUUUAGUCUCAGUACAACUGCGCGGCUAGGUAUAGGAAUGCUUGAUGCAAUAGAACACAUACAUUCUCGUGGCUUUAUUCAUCGCGAUAUCAAGCCCGAUAAUUUCAUCCUCGGGCUCGAAGAGAAGUCUGAUAUCAUUCACCUAAUUGAUUAUGGAUUGGCUCGCCGAUGGAAGGUCUUGGAAAAUGCCACUCAUGUAUCCCCUGGAUCUUCUCAAGGAGACACCGGAGUUAUUGGUACCUUGGCUUUUGCGUCUCAACACGCUCAUUUAGGAUUAGAACAGACGCGAAGAGAUGACAUGCAUGCCUUUGCGUAUACGAUUCUUCUAUUUGCUCGAGGUAAUCUCCCUUGGGACCAUAUCCGCGGAGGAACUCGAAAACACUGUGCAAGGCGCAUCCUGGAAAAAAAGCGCUCGUGGACGCCUGAACGACUUUGUGAGAACCUUUCUCGCGAGCUAGAGGAGAUAGUAAGUCACUGCCUAAACCUGUCUUUAAAUGAGAAUCCCAACUACGCGCUCGUGCGAAACGGCCUAAUAUCUCUCGCCAACCGGGAGGGCAGCUCCAAGUUUGAAUGGGAUGAGUCAGAUUGGCAAGUAUCCGAGGUACCUGAAACGGAAAUAGGAUACACAAGAGAACUUCCCGGCCUCAAUUUGAAACGGGGAGACAUUGUUCUUUUGAAAAUCAGCCCCGAGCGAACUUUGGACUACGAACCUGUGCCUCGGGUAGUGGAUUCUAGCUUUUUCCCUCACCAGAUUGCCUUUGAUGGAAAAGACGAAACUUCAUUCCGCCCUGCUGUCAUAAGAACCAUAAUAUGCGAGGACAAUGACCCAGAAUAUUAUAAAGUGCAGGUUUACCCACUCACCUUGCGAAAUCUGGAUGGCCUUUCUCGUCGACGAAGAGGAUGUUUUCGACCAAUACAAGAUCUCACAGAUUCAGAAUUAGGAAUGCAAAGAAAUUUCGAUAAUCUUCAAAUAUAUACUACCUCUUUGCUACCUCUGUUUGGAGUAGCGUAUGAACAGGCAUCAGAUAUAUCCCCCCAGUUGUCACUUCCGGAAGAUGUUUUAACUCAGCUUGAGGCGGAUUUGGCAUGUGUUCCAACCCCGUACUCGCUGAUAUAUGACUCCGAUGACGAGGAAACUCGCGCUGUUCGAAAACGUCUGCCUAAAAUAUGGUCUUCGGGAACCUUUGUCACUGAGAUACGGCCAUGUAAAGCAUCCGAUCUUGUGGGCCCAAAUUCACGUCUAUUUGAAAGUGUCAACGGAUGGAUUCCAGACAUGUUGUACGUCGAGGAACUCCGAUAUCAAGAAAAUGGAGGAUCAAGGACCUUCGGAGAGGACUCGGAUAGCGACUCAGACGAAGAUGCAGACUUUUGGGACUGGCCUCGACCUGCAGAUGAGUCAAAUCCUUCAAAUCUCGAGCGCUAG